CCCACAGUUCUGGGUCUAUGGGCUAACGUUCGCCACUCGUAAACAACUAAAAAAAAAAAUCAACAAACACACACACACACAAACACCAGGACACACUCGGACCAUUCAACCAGCACUUGUGUUUUACAACAGGCCAAAUACUUUCAAAUGUUUUCCUUGACCGCCGGAUUGUUUCUGUGUUUGGCUGUAUCAGUGGGUGUCUCGGCACUCGAAUAUGGAGAUCCGUGCUGGAUAACAAAUGUUGGGCAAGACGCGGUCAUCAACAUCCCAAACAGUUGCAAGGUUGGCCAAAUUGAUUGGCACUACCCGAGAGACUCUGUGUUGGUCAGGCUGUCGUUACCCAACACGUCGUUCUCGCUGUGCCUGGAGGAGGGUUGGUCAACAAACAUUCAAGGGGUGGUAGAGGUGACCGCUGGGGUGGAGAACGCUCAGCCCCUUCCAAGAGAGGGUCACCCCACCUGUAUCAAAUCUGUCCACAACGAGGCUGUAUUCCGAGUGGUUGCUUCUGACACGUUGUACUACAUGACCUCUUUCAACUUCCGGGUUACUGAGUGACAACCUUGAACUUAGGGUUUCCUUGACAGCAUCGAGAUCUUGUGUCCAAGUGUAAUUUGAGAUUAAUAAAAAUUGACUCGUGAAAUAAACACAAACUGGAUGUACAAAUUA